CUCUGGAAAGCGAACACGUUUUCCUUUUUCUUUUCCGUGAGUCAUACAAGAGAGACAUAUGCCAAGUGUGAUCAAUGAAUGACAGCAGUUUGGGGGUAAAACUGAAACAUUUAAUGAAUAUUGUUUACCUCGGCUGUUGGGCAAUAUCUCAAAGAAAAAAACUGAGCAGAUAGUUUGAUUCAAACCUCGCUGUUUCGGAGGUAAAAAGCAUUUUGAAGUGGACUUGUGUAACUGCCCCCCUCCCACUUGAUACACGUGUGGACAAGUAUCUUCUGCGUUUCGUGAAGAAAAUGGGACGUGUGCGACACAGGAACGCCAACCGAGGUGGCAUGAAGAACAACAAGAAGAUGAAGACCAAACGCCGGAGUAAGGAUGUCGACCAAGUCCACGAUGACUUGAAACCAGAAAAGGCUUCUGCACUGAUGAAUCAAGAUGUCGACCUGGACUUGCCUGGGUCAGCCCAGCAUUACUGCCUCCACUGUGCGCGAUAUUUCAUCGACUCUCAUGCUCUUAAGGAACACUUCAAGUCAAAGGGACACAAGAGGAGACUUAAGGAACUGAAAACGGAGCCGUACACACAGGAGGAAGCGGAGAGAGCGGCGGGAAUGGGGAGCUACCGCCCGCCAAAAACUGUAGAACAUGUUCCGUUUGUCACGGAAACGAUGGACGAGAAGGAGGAUUGAGGAGACUUUCGUGGCAUUAACAGGAGUUUCUGGGACACGAACACCGAUUUUCGUCGUUCACCACUUUCCCGAGUCAAACAUUUUCAACUUGAUGAAGACAUUACAGAACUCGGGCAUCGAUCUGCCUUGUAUAAAUUCCUGAGAUAGCAAGGGAGGGAGAGCCUCUCACACCAUGCUUUGUAAUACUAACUGAGGACUGCUUUUCAUAAAACUAUAUAUUCUUUCAAUCAUCAUGAUGUUAGCCCAUACAGUAUAUGAAAUUUAUGUACAUGAGGAAUUUUUCCAUGGAUCUUUUCAAUAAUUUCUUGUCUGCAAAGUAUCAUUAUUGCUAAAACUGCCAAUGUGGUUUAGUCUUACAUCAUCAUCAAUGCCUUCAUGUUACUUACAUGUUACAUAAGAUGUAUAACAGAUUAACUACAUUCAUAACCUCAGAAUUAUAUUUUAAUGAACAUGCUAUCACAUAUAUUAAAUACCAAAAGAUUUAUGUCCAUGAGCUGUAUUUGAGGUUGGUGAUAAACUUG